CUAAUAAUCCUUUAGGUGAGUGUACAUAUGUUUAUGUGGAGAGAUGUAAUUUGUGUAUUUAUAACUAUGCAAUUUGUGUUUUUAGUUGCAACAAACGUGAAUGAAUUUUCAAUUUCGCAAAGUAACCGCUAAGGGGAAGCAGAGCAACAGUUUCGAAAGAGACUGGAUUGAACGGAUCAUAAUCUGACCGGUAGAGGGCAACACGGCGCCAAUUAAAAACACCAUGACAACUGGUUAAAUCAGUACCUGAGAACAUAGUAGAUAAUUCACAUUUAGUUUUUUAGGAGCGUACAACUUACAAAACAGGAUCAGCUAGUCCCUGAAGCAGUUGGGGGCUAAAGGCCGUGCUAACGAGCGUUUUGCCGACCCUGACAUGUGAACCAGCGAUUUUCUUGUCACCAGUACAGGGGGCAAACCCGCAGAGGCGCACACUCCCCCCAAUAAUUACGAUAAUUACGGCAUUCUGCUGCUACGAUUUUUCUUUUGAUAGUUUAAUUUAAAAUCGUCAAAUUUUACGACAGAUGACGGGAAAGGCAGGAGAAAAGCUACUGUUAAAGUUAUUGGAGGCCAGACAGAAUGACACUGAUCGGUUUAUGGUUCGACACAUAAAACACUUGUACUAAAUAUCUUUAAUAGAUAGACAACGGCAUCUUUUCUAUUAAUUUGAUUGGUAAAACAUCGGUUAUGGUAUGCGAUGUGUUAGUCAAAAUAAAGACAGUGGGAAAAAAUAUAUAAUCGUCUAAGACAAUAAAACAUACAUACCACGUGUAUUAGGUUUUUAUUAUUUUAAUUCAAAUAUAGUUACAUGUGUAUCUCUCACCAUAACAUCAUCUUAGCUGAAAUAAACUAUCAAAUUGGCGUUCUUCGUUAGGCCUCCUUCUAGCGUCAAGAGAAGACGCCCGCAAAGAUUUACAGGUUUCAUUGUUCCAGACAAGCAAGAGAUUAAAAAGUGCAUUUGACGGAAGUGAUCAAAUAGGUUAUAAGUACUAAUGCAAUGAAAAAUCAUAUCAAACCAAAACAAUAAUCUGGCUCGACAAUUAUUUGCUGGAUAACUACAUAUAUUUUAAUAUAUUUUGUUUAGAAAUGUAUUGCUGGAUACCGUUUGAAAAUAUAUUUUAAAAUGCAAUGGACAUUUAAAUACAAGCAUACUGUCCGCUAAGUUUAUUAAGAUCGGUAUAAACGCAUGUUUUUCAAGCUACUAAAAAUAUCUUUAUUUUGUUUUGCUCAUUUCUCGGGUUGUACCGAAGAAGAUUGGGGUGCAUAUGGGCUUUCAAGGGUUUCCUUCAACCGGAAUUAGCUGUGAAGUGUGACUCCCAAGUGUCGAAGUGUGAAUUAAUGUGAAUGUGAAAAGUUCGCGACAAGAGAAGUCGCUUCACAGUUUGCACCUCUUUGACCCGAAAAUAACUAACAUACACUCGCGUUUAUCGGAUGACUCGUUUACUGGGAGUGUGGAAAUGCCACGUUCCCAUACUAGGAACUUUUUACCGACCAUAAAGACUAAUAUGGAAGAGAAAGCACACUAACUUUCCUUUUUAUAUCAUUUAAAACUUGCGUAAUACAUGCAAAUACAUGCAAAUAUUAAGAUGACAGUGUCGUUCUUACACAUAGGUCAACGUUUGUAUGCACGUAUUUGUUGCACUUAAACAUUGGGAAAACGUUUAAACAUUUUAACAUCACACUAAAGCAAUUAAGUUUAAAAUACGGCGAGCGCCUGUGCAACAGCCAAGGUUGAAUUCUUUUAAAUGUGCAACGACAUAUACGCUAUAUAGUAACUGGCAUAUUUCACGUUCUUUUAUUAUUGCAGGAUCCGGUUUCGUACAUGAAUGGUACUACCUAAACGAGUUGUUAGUCAUGGUCAUUUAACUGAGAGCCAGAAGUUUUAGAUGCACGACGUUUCAUGCGCAUUUUUGUGAAACACUGUGCACUGAAUGCGCACUGGGUAAUGCGCAAAGAGGGGUUGGGGCAGCCGCAAGUUGUGUUUGGCAGCCUUAGAAGUCUAUUUGAAUGCAAAUGUCUUAGAUCUAAGAACUCGUCUGACGUCAGGUAAGACUUGGUAUACCGUUGCCACCGGCACCUUGUCAACUAGCUUAAUCAUGUGCAACUGAGGCGCGUCAGGAAGUAGGUCUCAUAACCGCCGAUUUGGGAACUUCCAGUGGACAAUACAGAGCUUCUUCCGUCUAAAUUAUCGACUCAGGAGACAUUUCACCCAUAUCUUUUUUUCCGCAAACAUUAUGUCGCCAUAAAUUACAUAUUUGUGAGUCAUGUACGUGGGAUACCUUUUGGAAACAGAAGGAACCAUGUACCACCAAGGAACCGUAAGACGAUCCAGCAUCAAUAUGCCUCCACAGAACUUUGUGUCCACGCCGCAGUACGCCGAUUAUACGGGAUAUCAUCAUGUACCCAAUAUGGAUUGCCACUCUCAGUCCUCGGGGACCUGGACCCCCUCUUACGGAGCACCGAGGGAAGACUGGGGGACGUACGGACUCGGGCCCCCAAACAGUAUACCUGCGCCUAUGAACAGCUUAUCGCCAGGACAGGUUUCCUUUUGCUCUCAAGACUAUCCCUCUAUGCACCCUCCUGGAUCCGCAGCGUUACAUCCAGGGCAGGAAAACACUGCAGACACGGAGCACUCCCCGGAUACAGAGCGGCGCAAUUCGUACCAGUGGAUGCGCAAGACGGUGCAGUCCACGUCGACAGGUAAAACAAGGACGAAGGAGAAGUACAGAGUUGUUUACACUGACCACCAGCGACUGGAAUUAGAGAAGGAGUUCCAUUAUAAUCGAUACAUCACAAUCAGACGAAAAUCGGAACUGGCAGUUAAUCUUGGACUUUCAGAGCGACAGGUAAAGAUCUGGUUUCAAAAUCGCAGAGCAAAAGAGAGAAAAUUAAUCAAACGGAAUGUGAGCCAGUGCGACAGCAAUGGCAGCUCACUGCGCAGUGACCCUGGCUCUGUCAGCCCGCUUCCAGUGCGUCCAUCACUGAGCCCUUCUGAAAUCCACAUCUCCCUCUAUCCACCUUCAGGAAUGAACAAUGUACAGUCUAUUGGGAAUUUACAGCAAGUCACCGUUACUCAGUAGAAGCCAAAUAAAUUCUAACUUGGAACUGCUAAUUUAACUGAGCACUCUGACACAUUGAGAAGACACUGGACAGCAGACCUCAGCCCGUGGUCCAACACUGCGAAGAUGGAGUCAUAUCAUUCAAGACUUGCUUAGAGGAAUACAGUGCUGACUGGCCUGAUACGCUGUCCGAUUACCAAAAAUCUAAUGCUGGAUGCUCUUCACAAUAUCGAAUGAAUUUCUUUCUAAUUAACUUGAUAUUUUUGGUGUGUUUUAUAUAUGUUAAUGUCUGCUCAUGUUUGGGUUUGGUAUAUUUUUGGUGUUAUGCUGUUUAAAUUAAAAUAAUUCAUUCAGGUAUUUUUCAUAUAGAGGAUACAGUUUUAAUGUUUACUGUCAAUCGCAUCAGACUUAAAUUGAAUUAGAAUUCAAUUUACUGGCCAGGUACAUCUGCAUGUACUGGGAGCUCGUCUUGCCAGUAUGGAAGCCAUUCCCACAGUAGAUCCAGGUCAUGAUGUUUGGAAUUGUUUGGAAAGCUGUAUUGCACAAAUGGUUCACCAUAUAGACACACACAACUAAACACACAAGUUCAGGAAAAUGGUCCAGCUAGAUCUACAGUCAACAAAAAAAGUUAAAUACAUGCAAACCAUCAGGUGAUGAUUAGCGUGUGUUAUUCUUUGGAAUUGAAACAAUGUCUUUUGCACUAAAUACGAAAUGAACUCGUUACAUUCAGUCACUGUUUCUUUGAUAAGACAGUCUGGCAAAAAAAUAAGCAGUGCAGUAAUGAACCAUCAGUUAACUAUGUUUCACGUAGUUUGAAAACAUCUGUUUCAAAUGACAUUAAUGGUAAAUCGGUGGUUAAUAUUUAAACCGCAAUCAUUUGUAUUGCACCUGUUAGUGCAUAAUCAUAUUGAUUUUAAUUGCACAAAGAAACCUGUAUGUUGUGCCAUAUUUAAAAACAAGCUUUGCUUUUAAUAUACAGGGAUCUUUUCCUAAGUGCUGCUAAGUUACCCAUAACUGUAUAGAUUAGUAUAUACAUUCAUUUGUGCAGUUCCCUAACAUGCACUACCUCAUAGUCAUGGCUCUACACUUAGUUGUAUUUGUCAUGUUUUUGUAAAAUUUCUGAAGAACUUUGUGGAUGAAAUGUUGGCAUAAUAGUUUGCACAUAACAGCUAUUCAGGUUUCACAGAAAAAAUACGAAAUAAAUAGUCAUUAUUUGAAAAAAUAUUUGUGAUUAUUUUCAAAAAAAUGGAACAUCUGUAAGACUGUUCAAAUACAGUGUGUAAUGUCUUUAAAACAUUACUUUUAGCAUUUUACAGUACUGUUAAGAGAGCAGUGUAUUACCAAGACUGCAAAGCUACGGUUAGCUGACUAUUAUGACUACUUAGAAAAUGUCGAUUUGCUUGAUCAAAGUUUGCUGACAACUGCCAUCCCCGUUCACAUGUAUAUUUUAAAUCAUUUUUAACAUAUUCUAUUCUUCAAUUUCUCAUACAACCAGACACCAUUAGAUAUUCUGUGAAAAUGUCUUGUAAACAUAAGUCUUUUUAAUCAAUCGUGCCUUCCCAUUGACAGUCGUAAGGGCAGCUCUUAAUGAAGCUCUUGACUUUCCUUUAAACCUCAAGCCAUAAUUUUAGGCAUUGAACAUUGUCGGGUUAUUACACUGGCUUUGUAUCUGUUGUUUAACUUGUGUCCAAAAUGUGUUGAUUAAUUUA